AUGGGAGGUGUGGAAAGAUUAAACAUCCCAAUAUCUCAACCAAGCCAUGGGACUCCAAAGAGGAACCAACACUUAAGCAAUAGCAGACAGAAAAACAACGACGAUCUUUACCAUGUGAAGACAAUGCACAAGAAAGGCGAGAAGGGACAUGGACGGUAUCCAUUUAUCUCUGAAAUGUGUCAGGUUGUGCAGAAGGAAGGGAAGAAUGUUGUGCACUUUACUGCAAACAAUCAGAAUUGGGAGGCAGUUCUGAGCAGCUCAAAUACACUGUUUAGAUCACGAUGUGAUCAAAAUUAUGCUGGAGCCAAGUUUAGUGAGCCACCAUCACCAAGUGUAUUACCCAAGCCUCCAAGUCAUUGGGUACACAUUCCUCUGGAGCCUUCAGAUCACACUGAAAUGGCCUUUCAGUUGAAGUCCAUGCUUAAAGUGCAGGCAUAG